AUGUCUUACCGUCUCAGUAAUGACCACAUCCACAAGGAUCUCCAAGGUCGUUCUUCCUACGACGCCGACGUUAUCAUUGCUGGUAGUGGUCCCGUUGGCAUGGCUUAUGCUCGUACCAUACUUGAGAAGAGCCCGUCCGCUACUGUAUUGAUGAUUGAAAUCGGCUCACAAGAUGACCCCGUCGUCGGCGAGCAUCAUAAAAAUUCAAUCAAGUUUCAGAAGGACAUUGAUGCGUUUGUGAAUGUCAUCAAAGGUGCACUGCAAUCGGUGUCAGUCCCGCCAGCCGACACAUACAUUCCUACCCUCGUCGGUGACUCCUGGACUCCCCCCGUCAAUAAGGAUGGGUCGAGUAGCCUGAUCUUCCAGGGCAGUAAUCCAAAUCAGAUUCGCGAGAAGAACCUAAAAGCCAGUGCUAUGACCCGGACAGUCGGUGGAAUGGCUACUCACUGGACUUGCGCCUGUCCCACUCCCCACCCCGAGGAAAUUGUCAACAAUCCUAUCCCCAAAGCCGAACGCGACGAACUAUACGUACAAGCUAGGAAACUUCUGAAUGUCCACAACGAUCAAUACGACAAGAACGCGAAAGGUGACGACAUAUCCAUCCGCCACAAUGUCGUCAAAAAAACACUUUUGGACAACCUCCCUCAAGAACGGAAUGUUCAAUCGCUUCCUCUCGGUGUUGAACGUCGGCGAGAUAACCCAGCCUAUGUCACUUGGACCGGAGCCAAUACUGUUCUCGGAGAUCAGGCGAAAUUGCUUGGGACGAAGCGGUUUACAUUGAAAACAGAAACCAGGGUCACAAGAUUGGUUCCCGAUGAGAUUGACCCAAAGAAGAUCAACGGUAUGUUGCUAAGGAAUCUGAAGAACGACAAGGAUGAGCUUGUCACGGCUAGGGCAUACGUUAUUACCUGUGGUGCAAUCGGUACUCCACAAAUCCUUGCUAAUAGCAAUCUUGCCGGAUCCAUCCCAGCUCUGGGACGUCAUCUCUGCGAACAGUCAAUUGCUUUCUGCCAAAUCGUUAUGAAGAAUGAGAUCAUUGACUACAUCAAAAAAAAUCCAGACUGGCAAGCUCGAAUUAAAGCACACCAUGACAAGCAUCCAAAAGAUCCCUUGCCUAUUCCAUUCGCUGAUCCGGAACCACAGGUUAUGGUUCCUUAUACGUCCAAAUUCCCAUGGCACACCCAAAUUCAUCGUGACGCUUUCUCCUAUGGUGAUGUUGGUCCUCGUGCAGAUGCUCGAGUUGUAGUGGAUUUGCGAUUCUUUGGCAGACAGGAGGUUCUGGAGAAGAAUAGGGUCUAUUUUGCUGGAGACUCCUCCCUUAAGGGAGAAUGGGUUGCAGGAAGUACAGAUAUCUAUGGAAUGCCUCAAGCUACAUUUGAGGUUGAAAGAUCCCAGAAAGACAAGAUCAAUGAUCAAAGAAUGAUGAAGGAUAUGUGUGAAGUUGCCAGUUUACUUGGAGCUUAUCUCCCAGGUUCAAAUCCCCAAUUCAUGGAUCCUGGCCUUGCACUGCACAUAACUGGAACAACUCGUAUUGGAAAAGAUCCCAACAGUUCUGUUGCUGAUCCUUCUUCUUGUGUUCAUGCAUUCAAGAAUCUAUGGGUUGGAGGCAAUGGGUGUAUCCCUGAUUCAAUGGGUGCAAACCCCACCUUGACAAGUGUUAUGAUUGCACUCAAGGGAGCUGGUGCCAUCUUGGACUUCCUAAAAACUGAAUCUUGA